AUGGGCCAGCCUGCAUUGCUACCCCACACGAUUCCGGAGCACUUCGCAUCCAUCGUUUCUCAGUUCGGCGACAGGCCAGCAGUCGUCGCUCGCUCGCCUACAGCAGUGGCACCAGACCUGCCCACCUCGGUGGCAGACUUUCGGGAGACGAGCCUCACCUAUGAAGCCCUGGACCUGCUCUCCAAUCGUCUCGCCAAUAGCCUGCGCUCUCUCGGCGUCAAAAAAGGCGACCGUCUGGCUGUGAGCCUCGGGAACUGCAGCGAGUUCGCCGCCUUGACCUAUGCCGCGUUCAAGCUCGGCGCUAUCUUAGUCCCUCUUAAUCCUGGCUUCAACGUCAAGCAGGUGACGGCUGGUCUUGACUUUCUCGGCGUCGAGGUGCUCAUCAUUGGAGCCGUGACAGACCUGGCUUAUAAGCCGUGCCGCGGGCGAAGCAACGAGGAGUUGCUGCGGUCGCUCGUACCGAACCUUGAAGGGACCAAGGUUGAAUCUCCCACCGUCCCGUCACUCAAGACGAUUGUUGUUCUCGACAACACAGCGUCUCAUCCCCUCGUCAACUUUCCUCUCAAAUCAUACCGCGCCCUGACUCCUUUUGAUCGUCUCAUUGACGGUUCCCUCAACGCUAUCACGCCAGACGCGCCGCUGUCGGCGUCAGACACGAUCAACAUCCAGUUCACCUCGGGCACGACAUCAACACCCAAGGCCGCCAUGCUCACACACACGGGCAUCCUCAACAACGGCGCGUUCAUUGCUGGCCGCAUGGGGCUCAACCCCUCCGACCGCAUCGUUGUGCCACCGCCUCUCUUCCACUGCUUCGGCUGCAUCCUCGGCUACAUGGCCACGGCCACGACGGGUGCCGCCAUCCUAUUUCCCUCCCCCGCCUUCGACCCCUCGGCAACGCUGCGAACCGUCGCCGCCCACGACGCGACGGGCCUCUACGGCGUCGCCACCAUGUUCAUCGCCGUCCUCGACGCCCUGGCCGCCGGCGUCGUCGACCCUGCCGACCUCCCCCGCAAUCUGACCAAGGGAAUCGCAGCCGGCAGCUCCGUACCCGAGGCUCUCAUGCGCCGCCUCUAUGCAACCCUCGGCCUGCGCGACCUCGUCAUCUGCUACGGCCAGACGGAGACGAGCCCCGUCAGCUGCAUGACGCAGCCAGAUGACCCCCUCGGACUGCGCACCACGACCGUCGGCCGCGCCAUGCCCCACACCGCCGUCAAGGUUGUUGACCCCCUCGACCGCUCGCGCAUCCUGCCGCGAGGCGAAAAGGGCGAGCUCGCCGCCGCCGGCUACCUCGUCAUGCGCGGCUACUGGGGUGACACCGCGCGCACGGCUGAGGACCGCAUCGACGAGUCAGACGGCCGCACCUGGAUGUACUCGGGCGACGAGGCGAGCAUGGACGCCAACGGCUACGUCGCCAUCACCGGACGCAUCAAGGAUCUCAUCAUCCGCGGCGGCGAGAACAUCCACCCCCUCGAGGUCGAGAACUGCCUGCUGCAGCACCCGCUCGUCAGUGAUGCAUCCGUCGUCGGCGUCCCUUGCGACAAGCUGGGCGAGAAUGUUGCCGCGUUUGUCGUGCGCGCCAAGGCGGGGUCGGCGGGCGGAAAGGAACUCACGGAGGAUGAUGUUCGGAGCUGGGUCCGGGAGCACCUCUCUGGCCACCUCGUGCCGAAGCAUGUGUUUUGGGUGGAUGAUUAUCCCAAGACGGCGAGCGGUAAGAUUCAGAAAUUUAAAUUGCGGACCAAGGCCCAGGAGCUGCUCGGGUUGGAGUAA